AUGGCAGCCGCCGCCUAUGUGGACCACUUCGCCGCCGAGUGCCUCGUGUCCAUGUCGAGCCGCGCGGUCGUGCACGGGCCGCGGGAGGGGCCGGAGCCCGGACCCGAGGGCGCGGCCGCCGCUGUCGCCGCCACGCUGCCCCGCGUCGAGGAGCGCCGCGACGGCAAGGACAGUGCCUCGCUCUUCGUGGUGGCGCGGAUCUUGGCGGACCUCAACCAGCAAGCGCCGGCGCCCGCCCCGGCGGAGCGCAGAGAGGGCGCCGCGGCCCGGAAGGCGAGGACCCCCUGCCGCCUGCCGCCCGCGCCGCCACCCGCCCCCGAGCCCGCCUCCCCCGGCGGCGAAGGUGCGGCGGCCGCGCCCCUCAGCCCCGCGUGGAGCGAGCCCGAGGCCGAGCUCGAGGCGGGGCUGGAGCCGGAGCGGGAGCCAGGGCCCGCGGGGAGCGGCGAACCCGGCCUCAGACAAAGGGGCCGGCGGGGCCGAAGUCGCGCGGACCUGGAGUCCCCGCAGAGAAAGCACAAGUGCCACUACGCGGGCUGCGAGAAAGUUUACGGGAAAUCCUCGCACCUCAAGGCGCACCUGAGAACUCACACAGGUGAGAGGCCCUUCGCCUGCAGCUGGCAGGACUGCAACAAGAAGUUUGCGCGCUCGGACGAGCUGGCCCGGCACUACCGCACGCACACGGGCGAGAAGAAGUUCAGCUGCCCCAUCUGCGAGAAGCGCUUCAUGCGCAGCGACCACCUGACGAAGCACGCGCGCCGCCACGCCAACUUCCACCCGGGCAUGCUGCAGCGGCGCAGCGGGGGCUCGCGGACCGGCUCCCUCAGCGACUACAGCCGCUCGGACGCCAGCAGCCCCACCAUCAGCCCGGCCAGCUCGCCCUGAGCCGGGCCCCUGCCAGCCCGCGGCAGCACAGCCCCGCCCUACCCGCCC